AUGCCGCCCAAAAAAAAGCAAAAAAAAGAGCACCUUGCCCUUCCGGCGGCAGAUGACGCAGACGUGGACAUGGAUCCUGGACCUUCGAAGGAACACCUGAUGAAGGUGCAUGAUGCUUUAGCCGUCAUUUACUCACAUGAUAUGUUCAAGGACAUCCUCACAGCGGAGCCUUUGUCCGUCAAAGAUGGCGGCAGAGAAGCAUCACUGGAUCUGCCUCAGGCUGCUUCGGCCUUGAAAAACGUGGGCGUCUACAAGUGCGCGGCAAAUUUUUUCCACCAAGACUUGUUUUUGGCCACCCACAAGGUUCCCAUCAACAGUGCACAGGUGCAACAAAUCAAGCAGCACUGGUUUCCUUCGAACGAGCCACCGUCGUUGUGCCCCUUUACCAUCACUGUUGCUCUGGAAACACCUGCUUGCAUCGGCAAGCGUCCGGACAAUGGAUUUCAGCGCCUCAGUCCUCCAGAGCCGGUGCAUGCCCUGCUGUUCGCCCUCGCCGAAGCCAUUGAAACCAAAGCCAAGGUUGGAGUCUUGCGCGCCUUGAAGAAUUGCAUUCUCACGGCCACCUUUGUUUUUGAAAUCUGUCCCAUUGGUGAACAACGGUAUUGGCGCGCGGCCAAUAUUCGUGAGGAGAUGGUGGAGAAGGGGCUGUCCGUUCAGAUGAGCUUGAGGCAACGCAUAUAUGAGAUCGCAGGCUUUCAUGAGCAGAAGAAAAAAACUGAGGCCAACUUGGGUUCGAAAAAACUGGCUGGUCUUUACACCCAGCAUCUCAAAUUAGCCUCGAACCAAGAAAAAAUCUCAGAGAGUUUCAUCGAUUCGGCUUUGACCAUCCAUCGACGACUUCUCAGCCUCCCCAAAUGUCAAGAAGUGCUGGAGUGGUGCGACCAAAACUGGUUGUCCUCCAAUGCAUGGAAGUCAGUCUACGCCUUGCAGGCUUUGAUUGACAGAGCAGGGACGCCUGAGUUGAUUGCCUGGUCCCUGGAAGGAAUGGUGGACGGUGUCCGCAUGUCGUUCAUUGACGCGGGUUUUUUUGUAAUCAGCAAGCUGAAAGACUCAAGGCAAAGUUACAUCGAGGUCCUCAAGAUGAAGCGCAAGACUUUGAAUCAUUGCCUGAACCAGUGGUUGAAUACUUUGGACCUCAGCAAGGAAUGGAAAGAAAAGAUCCGCAACUUUUGUGGUUCCUUCGAUAAUGUGCGAAAACACUUGUCGCCAUACCCUGACACACAGGCUGAUACGGCCUGGUUACUGGGCUGCCCGCCAAGCGUCACUGAAAUUUGCGAUUUCCUGGACGCCUUGGUGUAUGGAAGUCAGUAUGACCUGAGAUACAAGGACGCAAUAAAAAGCAAACACGAAGUCCAAGAUUUUUUGAAUUACCCGUCGCUGAAGUCCACAAUGGAGAAAAUCGAACAAAAAGUUCGCCAAGAGACGACGCCUGAAGCGACGCAAGAACGGCCAGCAGAAAUAGUUGCUGCUGAAACAGAACCACAGCCUCAGGAAACUGAGGCUGCUUCGGCCUCUGAGGCUGCUGCGGCCUCUGAAUCAACGGCCCCGUCAUCCACUGCACUUUCUGAGGCAGAUAAAGCUUUGUGGCUUCAACACAUGCGCAAGGUCCUUGCCCAGCAUGUCCGCUUUGUAAGCGAUCAUCGCACAAAUGUGGACCUGGAAAAAGCCUUGAAAGAAACUCCUUUCAUGUCGCUACGCGGGGAUCCAACUGGCCUGGCCAUGUUUUUGUUUGAUCUGAAAAAAUAUGGCGAACCCACCACGCGGCCAGACUUGAGAACGGCAACAUUCCGGGAGCCCUUGUACACCAAGCUCGUCAAAAGUGUUCUUACAGCGCGGCAAGAGGUAAUAGGCCACAGCCACCCAAACCUGAUGGCAGGGGACGUGGCUGUGGUCUUUGACGCCGGCAAAAAAGGUCUUCGAAACAAAUUGAUGUCGCCCUGGAAAGAAGGAACGGCCAAAAGCAAAGAAAACAACGAAGAAGAUGAAGAAGAUGCAGAAGAAGACCAGGAAGAUGAGGACAAGCCAACCUUCUGCGCAGACACACUGAUGAUUGGAUACUCAGAAUCCUCUCUAGCAGCCAGAAAGAAGCGAGUCCGUGGAACCUGCACCUUGAAGCAAAUGGAGGGAUGUCACAUCUUCACAUCCAAAAAACUGUCCCUUCCCAGCCGUGACAGAAAGCACUUCGCAGGUUCUACCACAGGCGACUUGAUUGCCAAUGUGCACAUGCCCCCUUGGUCUUCUGAGUGGCACUUGCCUUGGAAAGAGAAAAAAGAACUUCUGGGGAAAAAACACCAGAUCCUGGUGGGUGGGAAAACGCACGACAAGGACGAUGGAGACAAGCAGAACAGCAGACCCCGCAAUGGUUCAGAGCCGGUGUGCUACCACAGUCCUCCGUAUGAGCUCUGUGAAGAGCUGAUUCAUGACUUUUUUGUGAAAAUGAUCAUUGAUCUGACACCGCUGGAUGCACGAAUGGCUUGGGCAGCUUUGCGCAACCGUGUGGGGUACGUAGGCAUAGCUUUCAACCCUGAACACCAGCGCCUUCUCGAAGAACGUUUGCUCACGUUGCUGGAAAAGGACAUGAAAGACCCUGAGUCACCUUUGUUUUCUGCAGCUUACGCUGAAGCGGAGGAGGAGCAAGAGGAGGAGGAGGAAGAGGAAAACGCUGAGAAUGUGGAGAAUGAGGACGAGGAAGAGGUGUGGGAUCCCUUGGCCGACGACGAGUGA